GACAUUUCUACAACUACUAUUAAUAUACAUUCUCCCAAACCACACACACACACACACACACACACACAUGGCUGCCUGGCUACUAUUCUUGCUAUUGCUGAUCACUAUUUUACAGCCUGCAAUGGUGCAGUCGGAGGUUCGUCGGUAUAAAUUCAAUGUGGUGAUGAAAAACUCAACAAAACUAUGCUCAAGCAAGCAAGUAGUGACCGUUAACGGACGUUUUCCCGGUCCCAACAUCUACGCCCGAGAAGGCGACACGAUGUUAAUCAAAGUCGUCAACCACGUCACUUAUAAUAUGUCUAUCCAUUGGCACGGAAUAAGGCAACUCCGCACGGGGUGGGCGGAUGGACCGGCUUACAUAACCCAAUGCCCGAUCCAGGCGGGGGAGAGCUACGUGUAUAAUUUCACAAUAAGUGAGCAGCGAGGCACGCUUCUUUGGCACGCGCACAUACUAUGGCUUAGAGCUACCAUUCAUGGCGCCAUUAUUAUUCUUCCCAAGCAUGGCCUGCCUUAUCCCUUUCCUAAGCCCCACAAGGAGGAGGUCUUACUACUAGGGGAAUGGUGGAAAUCAGAUGUGGAAGCAGUCAUAGAUGAAGCAAUGGCGUCAGGCAAUGCCCCCAACGUUUCCGAUGCUCACACUAUCAACGGUCAUCCUGCUCCCAACUCCAAUUGUCUAGGAAAAGGAGGAUACACGCUAGUGGUUACGCCCGCCAAAACAUAUCUCCUUCGGAUAAUCAACGCAGCUUUGAACACGGAGCUCUUCUUCAAAAUCGCCGGCCACAAUCUCACCGUGGUGGAGGUGGACGCAACCUAUGUCAAGCCAUUUGCCAUCGACACCAUAUUGCUCGCCCCAGGCCAAACCACCAACGUCCUUCUCACCACCGAUCGCCUUCCUGCAAGGUAUCAAAUCACGGCCUCCCCUUUCAAGUCCUCUCCGGUCACAAUCGACAAUUCCACCGCAACCGCCACGUUGAUCUACGCCGGAGCCCCAGCCUCCGCCGCCACAGUCCUCGCGGACCGGCCAGCGCAGAACGCCACGCUGAUCGCCGACACCUUCACGCAGUCCCUCCGCGGCCUCAACUCUGCCGCCUACCCGUCCUUAGUCCCCCUCCAGAUCGACCACUCCUUACUCUUCACCAUCGCCCUCGGCUUCGCCGACUGCCCCACCUGCGACAACAGCCUCCGCCUCCGCGUGGUGGCGGACAUCAACAACGUCACAUUCGUGAUGCCGCGGAUCGCGCUCCUCAACGCUCAUUUCUUCGGAAUCGGCGGCGUAUUCACCGACGAUUUCCCCGCGAGGCCGGCGGCGCCGUUCGAUUUCACCGGAGCGAAGCAGCCGGAGAAUAUGCGGACGAUGAGCGGGACGAGAUUGUACAGGCUGGCGUUCAAUUCGACGGUGCAGGUGGUGCUGCAGGGCACCAGCAUGAUUUUCCCGGAAAAUCACCCGAUCCAUUUGCAUGGAUCCAAUUUCUUCGCUGUGGGUAAGGGUUUGGGAAAUUUUGACCCGGAUUCGGAUCCGAAGAGAUUCAACCUUGUUGACCCGGUGGAGAGGAAUACUAUUGCUGUUCCAUCGGGUGGAUGGGUUGCCAUCAGAUUUAGAGCUGAUAAUCCAGGGGUAUGGUUUUUGCAUUGCCACCUAGAAGUGCACACAUCAUGGGGGCUUAAGAUGGCAUUUGUAGUGGACAAUGGGAAAAGGCCCAAUGAGUCUCUUCUACCACCUCCAAAUGAUUUGCCCAAAUGCUAAAAAUGUAUGAAGUUUCCUUGUAUUUGGUUGGAGAAUGUUUGUUAUGCUUGUAGUUUGA